CAUUCAGUCUCUUCUCUUCUGUCAGUCGCAAGGAGGAGGAGCAAAAUGAAAUAACUUUUAUUAUUUCACCUUUCAUUUGUAGAAAUCCUUUCAGAGCCCAGGAGGGCAGGUAGAGGUCCUCACCCUCACCGGAAGGGACGUUUUUAUAUCAUUGACUCAGCAAUGUGCGCGCCAAAGGGGAGUAACAGAAGGUGUGUGCUGCCUCUUGCUGUAGUUUUCAAGCCAACACCAUGAGCUGGAGCUUCCUGACACGCUUGCUAGAAGAAAUUCACAAUCAUUCCACGUUUGUGGGCAAGAUCUGGCUCUCUGUCCUGCUGGUUUUCCGCAUCGUUCUGACGGCCGUGGGUGGUGAAUCAAUCUACUAUGAUGAGCAGAGUAAGUUUGUCUGCAAUUCUGCUCAGCCCGGCUGUGAGAACGUCUGCUACGACGCCUUUGCGCCACUCUCACACGUCCGCUUCUGGGUCUUCCAGACUAUUCUGGUGGCGACACCUUCGCUUAUGUAUCUGGGCUAUGCUGUGAACAAAAUCGCUCGGGCAGAGGAGCAGGCAGAGAGUGGAGGAGUGAUCAGAUACUCACAAAAGAAACCAAAGAAGUCUUAUCAUGCAGGAAGAAAGCAGCACAGGGGCAUUGAAGAGGCUGAGGAUGACAACGAGGAAGACCCAAUGAUCUAUGAAGUGACGGAGGCAGAGAGGGAAGACGGUGAUGGUGGAGCAGCCCCAGAUAGCAGCGGUGAGAGACAAGUGAAAGUCAAGAUUCGACAUGAUGGCCGUCAGCGUAUCAGAGCAGAUGGACUCAUGCGCAUUUAUGUCCUGCAGCUGUUGGCCCGUUCUGUGCUGGAGGUGGCUUUUUUAUGUGGCCAGUACAUGCUGUAUGGAUUUGCUGUUCCUGCCAAGUACAUCUGCUCAGAUCUGCCCUGCCCAAACAAAGUUGACUGCUUCGUGUCACGGCCCACGGAGAAAACAAUCUUUCUCCUCAUCAUGUACACAGUCUCCCUGCUCUGUCUGGCACUCAAUAUAUGGGAGAUGCUUCAUCUGGGCAUAGCUACCAUCUGUGAGAUCAUACGCGUCCGCCGGGUCAAGCGCCCUGAUGAUGACCUGUGUGGACUCACAGAAAGAAACAAAGCUACUAAGGAGACAGGACAGAGUGGUGACGGUUACAUCAGCUACCCUUUUACCUGGAACCCAUCAUCUGCCCCACCUGGUUACAACAUCGCUGCCAAGCCCCUUUUAGUGUCUAAAGGGAACCACAACCCACCUCUACCCAUCACUGAUCUCACUAGUGCCAAGAUCACGUGCCAACAGAACCACGUGAACUUUGCCCAAGAGGAACGUCAGCGGUACGCCAAUAAUGAUGAAAACCUGUGCGAUGGUGGGAGGGGGGAUGGCCCCAGAAGUGCUCAUAAGGACAUUGGUCAGUCUCAGAACACGCUGAAGGCAGAUAAUCAGGCCUAUAGCCAGCUGCAGAGCCACAGUAAUAAUCACAGCAAGCCUAACCGUGAACGUAAACACCGCCAUGCCUCCAGACAUGCCCCCAGCAAGGCUGACAUAGACAAGGGCAGCAGAAGCACCAGCUGUAGCAGCAAGUAUGGAGUCACAAAUGGUUCUGAGUGGAUCUGAAACACAGGUUGUUCCUUCUGCAAAGGCUGCGUAGAAAAUGUACUUCUGUGGCUCUAUACCACAAAGAAGACAUCCAGGUUACAUUGCUUUUAAUUAUCUGGAAGUGGUUAGCAAACAUCUUAGGAGCCAUUUGAUUUAUUUUGUUUUACUUCUGUGGAUUUAUUAUUUCCCAAACAUUAUAAAUAGGUCAUCUCUAUGUAGUUACAUCACAGUAAGUGGCUCUACUGCUAAGUUUAAAUGCAUUUUUUACAUGUUAGCAGUGUUUAAUCGCUUAAAAUAGAGGAACCUCAGGGAGAUGCUAAAACAUUCAGAUCUAUAAGUAUUGUUCAAAGUAUAGUGUUUCAAACUUUUACUUCUCAGUUUCAUUAUUUAUGGGAUUUACCGAAGAGCUUUAGAACAAACAUCAAUAGCAAAAGGCAUGAGAAAGGUGUUAUUGGGAUAUAUUGACUGAGUAGCUGGUCCUGAGUUAACUAAUAGUUUGCAAUGGUUUUAGGGUGAAAUUAAGUUUUGUAUAUCUUCUGUCUGAGGACAGAGGAAAAUAUGAAAGUAUUUUUGCUAGAAGGGGCAUUUUUUUCUGUUACUUGAAGUGCCUUUCUUGUCAGAAAUAGUUGGAAAUAGAUAAAAAGUGUAAAGAGAUGGGAUGUUUUUUUUAAUUAAUAUGAAAGAAUUUCUUUGUUUUGAUGCCUUGCCAUAUUCAUCUGUAAACACCAGCAUGUAUUGAGCAGGCAGUGGUAUUUUGUGUUUUAUAUCCAUUGUUAACAUUAUUUAGUUUCAAAGGUUAAAUGACUUGUUCAUUGUGCAAGUAAACAUUAAGGUUGUUUUAUGUCUAGCCUGAUAAAGAUUUACACUAACUCAGAUUUUCAGACUAAAAAGCCUUUUGAGAUUGCUGUGUGGAUUGCAGUGUUUAAUUUUGUAGGAGAAAUCUUUUGCAUAUUUUGAAUAAAAAGUUUGUAUUCAUUUUGUUAUUUUUGUCUUUCGUGGCACAGUAUGCAAUUUCAUUUGGUAGAUUUCAAUAAUUUCCUACUGAAAACGUUUAGAAAGAACAGUCUAUUUCAUUUAACAUGUUGCCCUCUACUGGUAAGCAGCAGAAUAACAUUGUAUUGUUAGCCGUGGAAAAGCUGUAGAAUUUCAGUGGACAAUACUCCUUCAUAUUUCUAAAUUGCAUUGUGUUUUAGAUUAAGUAUAAAUUGUAAUAAAAAACAAAGUACUAACGCGGGUAAGUGAAUUAGCAAUUGCAUAUUUCAAUGACUUGCAUGAGGUCAUUUUUAUUUUUUCACUUAAGAGAUAGCUUAAGAUAGUGGUUCACGUGUUGUAAAUUUAAAUAGUCG